AUGUGGGCGCUGGACGAGACGGCGCUAGACGUUGUCCAGCGCACUUGGUACGAUCACCACUUCAUGAGCAAGAUCGACGUAGUUGACGCGAUGUUCCCUGAUGGCAUCAAGUCAAGGUCUGUCGUGGAAGUGUACGGUGAUGCGCAGAGUCCCAAGAGUUUGCUUCUGCAACACUUGUGUGCUGCGUACCUUGUUCGAGACAGGCGUACCCAAGUCUAUUACUUUGAUCAUGAGUGCAUGGUGGACGCAACUGAGAUGCGAGAGAUCGUCCAGGCAAUGAUGGUGACCAGCGAAGAGGGUGGGGAGAACGAUCUGGAUGCGGCAUUGCAGCGCUUGUUUGUGUACCACGUCGAGACCAGUGACGCCUGGAGCAUGGAAUUGAAAAACAUACACACAAAGCUCUUGACCGAGUCCGGGGUGGUGCCAAUCAUUGCCAUUGACUGCAUUGGGUCUUUCAACGCGAUCGACAGGAUGAUUCAGAAUCGCCUGCAAGACACUUCGUACCGCAAACCGAUAAAUGUGUACAAUCAGCUCAAAGAUUUGGUGCGAAAACACUCCGCUUCAGUCUUUGCCGCAAAAAACAACGACACUGAACGAGGAUGGAAGCACGUGGAAACAAUGUCGUCUGACUGGUCCAAUCAAGUUACGAAGCGCUUGCAUGUUCGCCUUGCACAGUCCGCCCCCUUUCCCACCUACGAGGUCAAAGCUGAUAGCACGACGGUGGCCUUUCGCGCGUCAAUGCUUGGGCUGCAUGUGAUUUCGUGACAUUGGUUUGUUUUGUACAAGCUGUAUUAUUUACAUGCCAUCAGCCUGUUGUCGAAGCUCGGUCAAAUGCUGAUUGAACAUGAUUUCGUGCUCCUCCGUAAGCC